GAACUGGGUGAAGAACAGGCCCUAUCGCCAGUGAUUUUGUCCAACGCCAACGCUCAGGCUGAGAGCAGCAACAGUAGCUUUCAGAGCCCAUACACUGCCGCCACUAACGCGUCGAUUGAUUCGCCUGAAAACACAGCCGAACUGGGUGAAGAACAGGCCCUAUCGCCAGUGAUUUUGUCCAACGCCAACGCUCAGGCUGAGAGCAGCAACAGUAGCUUUC